GCGAAUUUGAAAGAAUUUGGAUAGAACCUUGAAAUAAUUUUAAGAACCAUAAAGAAUCUGAGAGAGAUUAGAGAGCCACAUCGAAAUUUGUAAAAUCUUGAAGAGCAAUAGAUGGAUCUUAGCACCAUGAAAAAAUUUGUGGAUUUGUGGCCGACAUUUUUUGAAGAUUCCAAAAAAUUUAGGAGUAACCUAUGAAUAAAAUCUAUGAAGAAUCUAGAUUAUCUCGAGGAAUAUGGAGUAAGAUUAGGGUUUAGAACCAAGUCCCCACCUUUCCACUUGUCAAGAAAAAAAAAUUUGUUGAAGAAAAAAGACGUUAAUUAGGGUGAAAUUUGAAUCGACCAAGGAAUUUCCUUUUUUGUUUAUUAUUAUUUGUUCAUCGCAUUUAUUGUGCGACGGGGCCGGCGGGCAGGCCAUUUUAUCUAAACCCCAACUGAGUGAUUGAGAAAGCCGAAUUUAAUUUUUUUCCCCGUUCCGAACUAUUAUCGUCCUUUUUCCCUUUUUAUUUUAAUUUUUCCAUGCAACAUAAAGCAACGAAAGAAAGAGAGAGAAAUCCCCCUCUCUCUCUCUCUCUUCCUUUUAUUAUUAUUUAUUUUUCACCCUAAUAUCUCCUUUAAUUUUCUACCAUUAUUCAUUCUUCCUCGUCUCUCUCUCUCUCCCUCAAGUUCUUACCAAAAAGUUUUCUCUCACUAUUUUCCCGAGAAACAAACGGGAAAAUAACCCUUCUCUCUCGCAGAUUUUCCGGGAAGGAAGCUGAGCUGACUCACUCCGAAGUCAUCACCUUUGUCUAGAUCUGUGACUGCGGAGAGAAGAGAGAGCGACGAGAGUCGCGGCGGCUGCCGGUUUAUUGCUCCAACUGAUAACCAAUUUCCGGGGUAAACAAACAACUUUCUUUCUCCCCCUUUGUACUUCUUACAGCCCAGGCAUGGAAAAGGAAAACCCCAUUAAAGUGGGAGGAAAGAUUUACACCCAGAAAUGAAAGUCGCGUUUUUUGCUUGCUUUUUGUUUGUUGAGGGUUUCCGAUGAUCGCCGCCCACCUAACUUUUUUCGUCCGAUGAUAUAUGUAUUGUUAUCGCCGGGGAAAUUAGAUCUUUCACUUGCCGUUGAUCUGUUGUUGUUCUUCUUUUGAUUUUUGUCUUUUUCCUUCUUUUGUUGAUUGGAUGGUCUUCGCAUUUGUUUUACUUUGUUUGGCUGCCGAGAAAACCGAGGAAAAAGAGGGGGAAAGUUGAGAACAUGGAGAUAAUCGUCUUUCUCCUUUGUUUUGACCGUUCUUUGUAUUGGUUUUAUCGAUUAUAUAAUCCAGCUGAGGAAGAGAGUUCAGUGUUUUUGUUCAACCCAAUUCCCUUUGGUGUCCGUUUGUUUGUUCGUUCUUGACUUCAAUCAUUCAUGUUUAAGCAGAAAUGAAGACUUCAGACUAGUUAAACCCAGAUAUGGUUUCUCAUUUCUGUGCCGAUUCUGAUAAAUUGUGCUCCUUUUUGGUAUGCUGUGUAGCUGGAAGAAGCAUUCACCAAUGACACUAUGUGCUGCGAUUUGGGGCGGUUAGAGCCCGAGGAGUCUCCAUCACCAUCUCAAUCUCCAUCUCCACCAACAUCACCAUCUUUGAUUACUCUUGAGGAAAGCAGUAGAGACACCACCAUGAACAAUCAUCACCAUCAGCUGACGAUUUCGACCGAAGAUGCUCUGGCCAGCUUGCUCGAGCUAGCAGCCAAUGACGACGUUGAGAGCUUCAAGCUCUCGAUCGAGCGAGACCCUUGUUGCGUGGACGAGAUCGGACUGUGGUAUUGUCGUCGAAAGGGGUCCAAACAGAUGGUCAACGAGCAGAGAACCCCGUUGAUGGUUGCAGCAACUUACGGCAGUGUUGGUGUGAUGAAGCUGAUUCUCGCCUUCUCUCAAGCCGACAUCAACCAAGCCUGCGGCGUGGACAGCACCACCGCACUUCACUGUGCUGCUUCUGGUGGUGCCGCGAGUGCUGUCGAUGCAGUCAAGCUCUUGUUAUCAGCUGGCGCUGAUCCUAAUGUGGCAGAUGGCAAUGGCCUGUGUCCGGUUGAUGUCAUCGUUGUUCCACCAAGGCUGCAAGAGAUUAAGCUGGCCCUGGAACAGCUGCUUUCCCCUGAUCAAGGUUCGGUGGUCGAGAGGAGUAAUCUGAGGGUUCUCACUGCCAACACCAAUCACAGUAACUCCCCGCCUCUCUCCCCUUCCAUGGAGAAUAAUGGUGCAGAUUCUCCCAUGAAGUACGCGAAGCUCGACGCGCCACCAGCUUUGUUCGAGAAGAAGGAAUACCCUAUCGACCCAUCGUUACCGGAUAUCAAGAACAGCGUGUACUCAACCGACGAAUUCAGGAUGUAUUCGUUCAAGGUCCGGCCAUGCUCUCGUGCCUACUCUCACGACUGGACCGAGUGCCCUUUUGUCCACCCGGGCGAGAACGCUCGACGAAGGGACCCUAGAAAGUUCCAUUACAGCUGCGUACCUUGCCCCGAUUUCAGGAAAGGAGCGUGCCGACGUGGAGACAUGUGCGAGUAUGCUCAUGGUGUGUUCGAAUGCUGGCUUCAUCCUGCUCAGUAUCGCACCAGGCUGUGCAAAGAUGGCACCAACUGUGCCAGGAGAGUCUGCUUCUUUGCUCACACCGUCGAAGAACUUCGACCUUUGUAUGUUUCAACUGGCUCAGCUGUUCCUUCCCCUCGCUCAACCCCUGCUACCGGGAUGGAUUUCGCUGCUGCCAUGAGCAUGCUGCCGCCUGGCUCUCCUUCGUCGCCCUUCACUCCCCCAAUGUCUCCGUCUGGUAACAAUGGCAUGUCAAAUCCUUGGGGGUCACAACAGCAACAGCCGAAUAACGUUCCUGCAUUGCAUCUGCCUGCGGGAAGUACCAAUCUCCAGUCGAGCCGGCUGAGAUCAUCCCUUCACGCGAGGGAUAUCCCCAAUGGAGGGGACUACAAUGGCAUGCUACCGGAUUUCGACAUGCAGAUCUUCAACGAGCUAUCUGCUCUCAACAAUAACAACAACUCAUUGAACCGAUCUGGACGCAUGAAGAUUCUGACUCCAUCAAACCUCGAUGACCUCUUCUCCGCCGAGAACUCAUCCUCCUCUCCUCGGUAUGGCGAUCAAGGGCUGGUCUUCUCCCCAACUCACAAGUCAUCGCUGCUGAAUCAUCAGUUCCAGCAGCAGCAGAACAUGUUGUCUCCCAUCAACACCAACUUCUCCCCGAGGAGCGUCGUUGAUCACCCUGGGGCAGCGCUGUUGCAGCAGAUGUCGUCGCCACGCGAGCCCAUCUCGCCUAUGAGCGCUCGGAUUUCCCUGCUAGCUCAGCGGGAGAAGCAGCAGCUGCGGAGUCUGAGCUCGAGGGAGCUGGGGUCGAACAUUUCCUCCUCGCUCCUCGGUGGUGGUGGGGGGUCACCGGUGCAUCUGUCGAGGUGGGGCUCGUCCAGCGGGAGGCCGGACUGGACUGCUAGCGCCGACGAACUGGGAAAGCUCCGGAGGUCGAACUCGUUCGAGCUCGAGAGUGGGGACGAGCCGGACCUGUCGUGGGUUCAGUCGCUGGUGAAGGAGUCUCCAUCUGAUAUGAAAGAGAAGAUGAUGAUGCCAAUGCAGCAGGCUGGUGGCAGCAGCGUUCCUUCUUCAGGUGAGAGCAGUUCGAACUCGAACUUGCAGACGAUCGAGUCGAUUGACAACGCCAUGGGAGCGUGGAUUGAGCAGCUCCAGAUUGAUCAGCUUGUGGCUCAGCAGAACUGAGAGCUAUCGAGCCACAGUUUUUGAGGGUGUAACGUAACAAGGAGUUGAUCAAAGUGAGAGAGUGGUGACUUUGGACUAAUGGGCUGGGUGAUUUGGAUUCUUUUUUGAUUCUUUUCUAUCCCGGUAAGCUCGUUCUCUGUUGUUUUUUUACUGUUUCGCUAUUUUUAGCUUUUACUGUUUACAGCAGGAAUUAGCAAAGGUUAAAAAGUUUUUACCCUUGGAGGGUGGGGGGAAAGACAAGAAAGAAAAGAAGGUUAACAAGAGGAACCAAAGGGGACGUGAGAUAACAAGAACUAUCGAUGGACCCUUGCUCUAGAAUGGAUGUAACUUCUUAUUAUUCAUAUAUUUUUGUCCUCUUCGGUUUUUUCUUCCCAUUAUAAUGAUCAUUAUAUUAUUUUCGAUUUCUAGUUAUUGUUUCUUUUCGUUGCUAGUUCUGGUACGUUGCUUCAUUCAAUCUGGUUAGUAUGCCGAUUGUGAUGUGUGUCAGUGUAAACAAACACUAGGAUCAUUGAUAUAUAGAUAGCCGAAUAUUUUUUCUGCACCCUUCAUUCAAAUUUUUCUGCAAUGAGAGUGAAAAUAGGAAGAGUAUUUUUGUCGUCAAAAUGAUCUAUUUGUUUCUCAAUUAUUCUUAGAAAAAAAUACGCAUACUAAGAUUUGAUCCGUGGUCAUUUUCAACUAUGAUAAUUGAUAAGAAUCUUAACCAAUCAUACUAAAUAGAUUAGUUGUAUCAUUUUAAAUAAAAAACUUACAUGAAGCUAAAAUUAAAAAAUCACAGAACUUUUCAACGGUUAGCUAAGGUCGCUAAAUCUUCGCUCAGUACUUAUUGGUGUUUUGAUACUUCGAUUUUCAUAUUUAAUUAUUUUUAUUAUACUUUAAUACUUAAUUUUAAUUUCUAUUUAUCUUUUAAAUAGACGAUAACUUUAAAAUCAUAGACCAUAUAUCAUGGGUCCAAUAUUACAUAUCGAAUGUGUAAAAGCGAUGUUGAAAUCCUACAUUAGUAUUAGUUUAUAGAACUACUAUGAGACAAUCAUAUUCAUAUCUUUCUGCAAACUAUAUGGGGACGGGUUCUUUGAACGUUUUUAGCUCGGUUAACUGUUAAGUUUUAAACAUCUUCCUAAUCCAACAACAUGAUGGAUCCAACAAUUAUUAGAAGAGGUUGAGUUUAAUAGAUUGGUUUAUUUCAUCUUUUUAUGUAUUUAAAUGAAUUUGUAGAGCAAGUGCAUGUCUACAUAUACACUCUACACAAUAUAUAUUAUUGGCACGUUAAAAUGGUACAUGAGUAUCUCAGCGGGUGCCGAAGGCCCAGUUGGUUGUCUACUUAGGCUGGGUAAAAGUCGAGUUUGUCUAUCUUAGUGGGAAAUCCAACCGAUUUAACCAACUGAUUCGAGCACCUGCCACUUCAAAAUGAUGUUGUUUUCAACAAUUCGUAUACGUAGCUACACUAUGAAACAUCACAGACCAUGUUCGACUAUCUCAUCGUCUCUUCUUCUUACUUUAGAUUUGAGAGCCUACAAUACACAACCCAACCAUCUCAAAAUCUAUCAUAACCCCACAAUAGCAAAUUUCAUUUUUCUCCAGCUGCACAGCCAUAGAGCUAGUCGACCUCAUCUCAUACAAAUACGACGCAAAAAUUAUUAAGAAACUUGCAUUUGAGUUGAAACUUUAGGUGACUAACAAAGGUCAAAUUCCUUA